AAAACACAUAGCUACAUUUUAUUUACUGUCUUACAUAAUCCUUGGUGAAAUAAAUUGCAGCGAACUGCUUCAUGACGCGUUCGUGUUGUGACUGCAUUGCCUGUUUAACUGCAGUGGGUGUUUCUGGCCAGAGAUGGCGGUAUUGAGUAUAUAUUUGUUUCAGUCCCGUUUCCCUCCAUGGUUUCUCCUCUCCCUGAGUAACUUGGCGUUUGGUUCAGUUCAUUAUACAGUCCCAUAUUCUCCCUCCAUUAGGGCAUCUCUCUGCCUUUUGGACUGACUAGAAAUUCCCCGAAACCCAAGAGGAAAAAAGCCAAACUUUUGUAGGGCGCCAUGGACAUGAAAAAGAGGAUCCACUUGGAACUAAGAAACAGGACACCAUCUGAUGUAAGAGAACUUGUUCUCGACAAUUGUAGAUCCAAUGAAGGGAAAAUUGAAGGCCUCACAGCAGAAUUUGUCAACCUUGAAUUUCUCAGUCUGAUAAAUGUGGGCUUAAUCUCAGUCUCCAACCUCCCAAAACUUGGAAAACUCAAAAAGUUGGAGCUGAGUGACAACAGAAUUUCAGGUGGCCUUGAUGUUUUAGCAGAGAAACUCCCAAAUCUCACACACCUAAACUUAAGUGGGAACAAACUCAAAGACAUCAGCACAUUGGAGCCUUUGAAAAAGCUUGAUCACCUGAAAAGUCUCGACCUCUUCAACUGUGAAGUCACAAACCUCAAUGACUACCGGGAGAGUGUAUUCAAGCUCCUGCCCCAGCUUACCUACCUGGAUGGCUAUGACAUGGAAGAUCGGGAGGCCUCCGACUCUGAUGGAGAAGUUGAUGGAGAUGGAGUUGAUGACGACGAUGAUGAGGAAGGAGAGGAGGAAGAGGAUGAAGAUGGAGAGGAGGAAGACUUUGAUGAGGAGGACGACGAUGACGAUGAUGACGAUGAUGAGGUGGAAGGGGAGGAAGAUGAUGAUGUCAGUGGGGAGGAUGAGGAAGAAGACUUUGGACGUGGUGGAGAUGUAGAUGAUGAUGACGAUGAUGAUGAUGACGACGAAGAUGAAGAGGAGGGUGGCAAAGGUGAGAAGAGAAAGCGAGAGGCGGACGACGAAGAUGACGACGACGACGACGACGAUGAGGAUGAUGAUUAAGAGCCAAGGAGCCAAUCAGUUACCAACCCUUCCCUCCCCCUCCCUUAUUUGCCAUCCACCGGGCCACCCCCACACACUCUUCUGUCACAUGCCUCCCACAGCGCUGCGCUCCCCGAGGGGCAAGACUGUAUAGGAUGGGUGGGGUGUGUGGAGAUGCAUCCCAUGGAGCCGGGAGCUGAAUGAAGCCUCUCUUGAGUGGCGGCUCACUCGGCAUUCCACAGUUUCACUGUCAAUUCCCUUUUUGUGUUUCACCAAACCCGUGUGAGGACUUUGGGGACUGGUAUCUAGUUUUGGGUCUGUGCUUUUAAUAUUUGUUGGAGAAUUAUGAUUUUUUUUUUGUUGUUGUUGGGUUUAUUUUUUAUUUUUGUGUUUGUUUUUUUUGUUUUUGUUUUCCUUUUCCUAAUUUCCCAAUAAGAUUAUUGCUAUAGCAGCCGUGUCAAGGAAGCCAUCAUUUUAGUGUGGCAGCCAGUGGCACAAAUCAAUGUUGUAGCUACAUUUUUACUUUCUGUAUGACAAAAAAAAACAAACAAAAAAACAACUUUGUAAAUAAAAUGUUAACAUUUUACGCUGUGCUUUCCCUGCCAUGCCUCUAUCGCUUUCUCUCCCCAACCACUCCCCACCCCCAUCAUUUCCAAAGCUAGACUGGAGGUGUGUUUGAAGUAUCGGUGAAGUGGCAGUCAUGCACCUUAUCUAGAGCCACUAUGCAGAAAAAUGACUUGGAGGAAAGCACUCAGCAUUUUGAAAACUACCUCAGAUUUGGUGUGGAUUACUGAGUAUUUACCCUUUAGACCUGGGACAGAGUUGGAUACAUUGAGUUCCCCUUACAGAUAUCUGCCUCUUACAAACCAUGGCCGCACUCAUGAAUUUAAUAUUGAUGUUUUUUUAUGAUUAAUUAUUGUCAUUCAUGUAUGUGUGAAAAUGUGGCCUAGGCUCACAUAAGGGGGAUUCAGGCGCAAGGAUGUGGCCAUCUGGUCCCAGCAGAGGCGUGGCGCUCAGUCUGUACUGUGAACUGAGACAAGGUAUUAGAUGGAAUCAUGAGUCUUAUGGUAUGUUUCAUGCUGAAUUCUGUCCCAUUGACAGAUUUAUGUUGCAAACACAAUUUUGCUGGAGGAUUAAUUUUUUUUUUAAACCCAGAUGAACAAACACCCCUGUCAAGCUACAAAUGAUCGUUUUUUUUUUAUAUAAAACUUUAUUUGAUAUUGUG